GUCACCACUGUCAAAUUCUCGAGAGUCUUGAAUAGCCGGACUACACAUUUUCAGGAUUACACUCCGAAUCUGUAUGUACUCCUCCUCCUACUACGAAUCAUAUAGAGCGGAGGUCUUUUGAGUAGAUUACCUGCUCAAUUCCGGAAUGGAGUUGCUUUGCUCCCCUUCAAUCUCAGCUAACGCUCCGAAACUCCCCUCCAGAGGCCCAAGCAUGGACAAAACUGGAUUGACAUCCCGGAGUUCGCAUCUUUACUUUGCCGGACUUGGAAGAAAGGUGAAGCCUUUACUAGUUGCUGUUAAUGGGGUCAUCGAUGGAGGGGGUGAGUCAGAAACGGCCGUUGUGGUGGAGAAACCUCCGCCGUACGAACUACGUCGUCCUUACGAGCUUUUCGUAGGGCAUCCGACUCCUUACGGCGCCACUGCUAGAGACGGCGGGAUCAAUUUCGCUAUCCAUUCGUGCAAUGCUACGUCAGCAGCUCUCUGUUUGAUUAGUGUAGCCGACUUACCCGAGAAAAAGGUGUCAGAGCAAAUUUCUCUGGAUCCCUCUGUUAACAAGACUGGAGAUGUCUGGCAUGUGUUCAUUAAAGGAGACUUUGAUAACAUGCUAUAUGCGUACUGCCUUGAUGGCAAGUUUUCUCCUGCAGAAGGGCAUCGCUUUGAUUCAGCUAAGAUACUGUUAGAUCCUUACGCAAAGGCUAUUGUAAGCAGAGCAGAGUUUGGCGCUUUGGGACCUGAGAAGGACUGUUGGCCCCCAAUGGCCUGCAUGCUGCCUUCUACUGAUAAGUUUGACUGGGAAGGAGAUCUGCCAUUAAAGUUUCCACAGAGAGAUCUUGUAAUUUAUGAAAUGCACGUUCGUGGGUUUACAAAGCAUGAGUCAAGUGGAACAGAAUUUCCUGGUACAUACCUUGGUGUCGUGGAGAAGCUGGAUCACUUGAAGGAACUGGGUGUCAACUGUAUAGAGCUAAUGCCAUGUCAUGAAUUUAACGAGCUGGAGUAUUAUAGCUAUAAUUCUGUCUUAGGUGAUUAUAAGUUAAACUUUUGGGGCUAUUCAACUGUAAAUUUCUUUUCUCCAAUGGCACGGUAUUCAUCAGCUAGGAUGGACAAAUCUGGUCCUGGUGCCAUACAAGAGUUCAAGUUUCUUGUUAGGGAGGCCCAUAGAAGGGGAAUCGAGGUAAUCAUGGAUGUUGUUUUCAAUCACACAGCAGAAGGGAAUGAGAAUGGCCCCACACUCUCAUUUAAAGGCGUUGACAACAGUAUUUUUUAUAUGCUUGCACCCAAGUCCAAGAAGAUUGUGAGAUAGAAUUGAAGAAGAAAGAAAAAUAAAAGAUGGGUGGGGGGAUGGAAACUAACAAGAACAAGUGGAUCGAGGAAUGGUCGUCUGCUCGGGAGAAUCUGGAGCACAACUUCAGGUGGACAAGGCGCAACUUUGCCCUCGUUGGCAUCUUCGGAAUCGCCGUGCCUAUCUUGGUCUAUAAGGGCAUCGUCAAAGAAUUUCAUAUGCAAGAUGAGGACUGGGGCAGGCCGCAUAGGAAAUUCUUGUGAGUCUUUUCAGAGCUUUGUGUUAUGCUUUUGGGGAGAACCAGAGGUGUGACUGCUUCAGAUCUCUUCAGCUUGUUGAAGUAAUGGUUUAGCUACUCUUAAUAAUUGAAACUUCGUUCUAAGGCAUACUGUGAUUAUCUCAGAUGCAUUUCCAUAACUUUCAGCAUUUGAACUGCUCGGUGUGAUACUCUAUGACUAGGUUUUCAUUUGAGUUGCAAGCCUUGCUUUAAUAUUGCCUUUGUAUGAGUUGUCAUUCCAUAUAAAGGGAACUGUUUUGUAGAUAAAA